CACUCGACCAAAACACAAGCCAAGGCAAAGCUUAUGAAAGGAAUAAAAGGGUAUCAAUUCAGAUAACAAAGCUCAGAGUUUUAAGAGCUCUAUUUCAAUGGCUCCCAUGACCCUUCCUCCUGGUUUUCGCUUCCAUCCUACUGAUGAAGAGCUUGUUGCUUACUAUUUGGAUAGGAAGAUCAAUGGCCGCUCCAUCGAGCUCGAGAUCAUCCCCGAGAUCGAUCUUUACAAGUGCGAACCCUGGGAAUUACCUGAUAAGUCGUUUUUGCCGAGCAAAGAUAUGGAGUGGUACUUCUAUAGCCCUCGAGAUCGAAAGUACCCAAAUGGAUCGAGAACGAAUCGUGCAACGAGAGGUGGGUAUUGGAAAGCCACGGGAAAAGAUAGAACGGUUCAAUCGCAAAAACGAGCAAUUGGGAUGAAGAAGACAUUGGUGUAUUAUAAAGGAAGAGCUCCUCAUGGGAUCAGAACCAAUUGGGUUAUGCAUGAGUAUCGUCUUCUCGAUUCUCAACUCGCCAAUGCAACAUCGUCUCCUUCAACUAAGGAUUCUUAUGCACUGUGCCGUGUAUUCAAGAAGACAACACUAGUACCGAAAGCUAUCGGAGAAAAGGAAAUCGAGGGCAAUGCCGAAGCCCCAACAUGGCAGACGGCGGACGAGCACGAUAUGCAAGUUGACGAUAGCGGGGGACCGGAAAGCUCGAGAGGCGGGAUGGAAAGCAAUGAAGAUGUUGAUAGUUUUGGUCACUUCCUUCAUGAAUAUAACCCUAAAAUCUUCAGCUCUGAAAACUCUUCCUCCGAUCUCACACAAGGGAAUGUCGCCGACGACUUGCCGGCUCCGGUGGCCUCCGACAAUGAAGCCAAUAGUGCAGCUAAUAAUCUCUAUCCAAUUUACAUUGAUUGCCCUUCAAAUUUUAUGCAGAUUCCGAGUAAGUUUAUGGAUCACGAGAAUCUCCAUUACCAGCAUCCUUACUACCCGCCAUUGGAGCUCGAGGACUUCCCGCAGCUGAACAUAAUGGGGGAGACGAAGACGUUAAUGAAGCCCGAGUGCAUUGAUGAGUACAUGAAGUUCGACAAGUUCCGAGACUCGAUGAAUGGAACUCUAGAGGAGAUUUUGUCUCUAUGUAGUCUUCCCAUGCAAGAAGAUAAUGUCCAAAACUCUUCCUUAUUACAGUGACGUAAACCCCAUAAUAUCACAACUUACGUUUACUGUACAUUAUAAAUUUACAACAAACAUUCAAUUUACACUAAAAUUCAUCUCCAAAAUAUUUGUAGAGAGAGAGAAAGAGAUAAUUAAUUAACCAUCAUAACAUUAUAUUAA